AUGUAUUACAAUUACAAAAAAUAUUUUUCGCUUGCUUUAGUAGCUGUAGCCGAUGCUAACUGCAGAUUAAUAGCAGUUAACAUUGGAGGCUAUGGCAAGCAAUCAGGUGGUGGCACAUUUAGAGCAAGUAAGUUGUACAAUAAUAUUUUGAACGGAACUGAAAACUGGCCUCCACCGAAAGAACUACCAGGUACUUCAGUAAAAGCCCUAUUAGUGUUGGUUGGAGAUGAAGCCUUUCCACUACUGGAAAAGUUAAUGCGCCCUUACCCUGGACUGUCACUGACUGAGGAAGAGAGGUUAUUUAACAGGAGGCUGUCGAGGGCUAGAACGGUGGUGGAACGCACUUUCGGAAUUAUGGCCAGCAAGUGGCGUCUUCUCCGAAAGGAAAUUGAAACUUCUGUAGAACAUGCAGACAUUAUUAUUCAGUGCAUCUGUGUCUUGCACAAUAUAAUAAUCGAUGAAGAUGGGCCUGACAUUUCCUUUCAAUUGUCUAUUGACCAGGACAUAACAGAACACAAUGCUUUAGCAGCAUGCUUCCAAAAUGACAGAGCAAACAGCAGUGCUUCAAGAAGAGCGAGGAAUGUCAGAGAGGCCUUCAAAAACUAUGUCAACAGUCAUUAA